AUGACGUCCAAGGUUGUUAAUCACCACCAUAAUGUUUUGUCGAGCAAAUACUAUGCAAUUGCCAUCGGGGCUAUUAUGGUCAUAUUUAUUGCUUGCCAUUGGAUGAGAAAGGCAUACAUCACAUAUGGCCCUCGCAAAUCAAGACCAUCCGUACAAAUUUUGGUGCGGUAUUCCCGAGCCACGUGCCGACUUUUAAGUAGCGCACCCUUUGGCAUCAAUCUUGACAGAUGUCUCCUCUAUCUCCUCUACUGGGCUAUAAACUUGAUUAUUACCUUCACGAACCUACAGUAUAACGCAAAACAAGUUGCGAAACGGUUCGGGUGGGUCUGCUUGACCAAUCUCGUUCUGCUAGUAUUCCUUGCCCUCAAGAACACGCCUCUUGCUCCUCUAUCCGGCCGAUCGUACGAAAAACUCCGACCUCUCCACAAAGUCGCUGGUUAUACAUGCAUCUUCUCUAGCGUUCUACAUGGCGUCACAUACCUGGGAGCCUAUGCCGCAGCUGGCACCAUUACUGUUAAUAUGAAAAAAUCGGCAGACUAUGCUGGUGGUAUUGCCGGCGUAGCGAUGUUGAUAAUCGGCUUCUCCACAAUUGGAUGGUUUGCCCGAAGAUUCUACGAACUCUUCUAUAUUAUCCACAUACUUAUGUGGAUAUUGAUUAUGGUUACUGUGGGGCUGCACAGACCUGAAUUCGCACAAGAUGCCGUGAUCAUUGUUAUCUUCAUAUCAGCUUUAUGGUUCGCAGAUCGGUUCCUUCGCUCGGCGAAGAUGUGCUGGAAAUUCUUUGGCAAUUAUGCUACCCUCACCCCAAUGCCAGAUGGAGCAGUCCGAAUUCAUGUCCGCCGUGGCAUUCGUAUCACUCCCGGCUCUCAUGCAUAUCUAUGGAUACCUUCUAUCCGCCUCUUUGAAACCCAUCCAUUUACGGCCAUUUCUACGGACUCAAAUGAGUUUCUUGUUCGAAAGUAUGAUGGCUUUACUAAUGAUCUAUUCAAAGCUGCCCAGAAUAACCCGGGUGGAAGGGUUCGAUGCUCCUUGGAUGGAGGAUAUGGCCAUACCCCGAACUUCAUGAACUUUGACAAGAUUGUUCUUGUAGCUGGUGGAAGUGGAGCGACAUUCACUUUCAGCAUUGCCCUUAAUGUGCUGAAAGAGGCCGCAGCCAAGGACGUCACUAAGAAUAUUGACUUCAUCUGGUCAGUGAGAAAGCAUGAAUCACUUCUCUGGUUUGAACAGGAGCUCAGGGAGCUUGAUGAGAACCCUCAUGUUAAUCUGUUCAUUCACGUGUCACAGUAUGACACACCGUCUAAAAGUUCCUCUAAUAUAGACUCUACGUCUAGUGUUGAAGAGUCCAUUAUUCAGGACUUCGAAAAAGGAAGUGAGAAGAUCGACUCGUCAAUUAUUGUAUCAGGUCUUCGUCCAGGACGGCCUGAUAUAUUUUCUUUGGUUACUCAGUCUAUCUCAGGCUGUCCAUUGGAAGCUCGCAUCGGAAUAGGUGCUUGUGGACCUAUCGCUAUGAUCAAGACGACGAGAGAAGCUGUUACUCAAAAGGGCUUUGAUGACGGGCCUUCGAUCACACUACAUACGGAAGAAUUUGAAUGGUAG